ACUCCAGCUGCCUUCCUCUGGAAGUUGAAGGGGCUCAGUCAGCGAGGAGGCAGCAGCUGCCAGCCAGACAGCAGGGGAAUUUCUCUCCUGAACUUUCUGUCCUGCCAAUAUUGUUGCAUCACUCACCCAGGAGAGACCUGAGGGGGCUGGCUUGAGCUGGGGCAUCUUGAAAAGUCUGGGAUCCUGGGCUGAAGGGGAGAUGAGGGUAGAAGGAGGUGGGUCAAUGUGUUUCCCUUGAUGUUACAGUCAUCACCCCUGGAAAAGUUCUGCAGGAACCAUACGAAGGACCAGAGACCAAGGCUGGCUGCCUCUAAGAAGAAGUAAAAACCCAGAUCCAGCAUGAGCCACAUCAGGCCCCCAACUCCAUCUCAAGGCUUAAAGAAAAGAAACGAGGAGGCAUCCAAUCACCAGCAUCUCAAAAAAGAAAAAGUCCAAGUGGAAUUUUGUUUCUGGACUGAAAUGGAUGGAGAAGCCCCAGCGAAGCCUGGAGAACAAAAGGUCACCAAUCCGAGGGCAGGAUGGAAAAUGCCCUUCCUCCUCUUCCUGUGCCUGCUGCAGGCCGCAAAUGCAUUGAAGGGACCGAGGCUGGUGUCCGGGGAGCUUGGGGGAGCUGUCACCAUCCAGUGCAAGUAUGGCCCCUUGCUCAUCAGCAGCCACCAGAGGAAGUACUGGUGCCGCCUAAACCCCUCAACGGGGCUCUGUCACACCAUCGUGUCCACCAACCGCUACACUAGCCCUCAAUUCCGUGGCCGCGUGGCCCUAGAGGACUUCCCGAAAAAAGGCUUGUUUGUGGUGAGGCUGUGCCAGCUGUCCCCGGAGGACGUGGGCUACUACCGCUGUGGCAUUGGGAACAACAACAACCUGCUGUUCUUCAGCAUGAAUCUGACCGUCUCUGCAGGGUUUUCCAAAACCAUCCCCACAGCCACUCCAGCUGCUGGGGUGGCUCCCAAGCUCACCACGGGGCCUUUUGGUAGAGCAUCCGCAGCAGCCAACAUAUGUAUGUCAGGAACCAUCCAGACUCUAGAAGCACAGGAGACAGAAUGGAACAGAGUUGUUCUGACUCUGGGAACCAUCGAAACCUCAGCUACAGCUCAGGAAAGGCAAACUGCAGGAGCAACUGUGACAGUAGCGCCAGGGACAGGCGGCCAGGUGGAGGUUUCCAUCUGGGCAACUGUCCCCACCCCACAGAGUCCAGCUUCAACAAUCAGAGGCGAGUUCCAAACCACAGGAGAUAUCCAGGUGUGGGGCUCCACAAGUUCAGAAGCAAAGAAGGCUACAGCCAGUGAAAGGGAGAGCGGAACGGCAACUGCUAGUGCCAGUUGGCAAAGCGAGGAAACAGAGUGGGUCAGACUAGCCUCAGACACAGCUGGAAAGGUCAUAGGGACCACAAGGCCAUCAACUCUGGUCUCUGAAAAAUGGGUGUGGGAAACCCCUCGAGAAAAAGUGUCCGUCGCGAAGCCCCAAGCCCUGGGCUCCAAGGAAGGACCCGACCCCGCUGCAGCUGUGUGGACCUUGGAACUGAAAAGCAUGGAGAUGGCAUCUGCGGAGGGAAGCAGCGAAGGGGACCUAGACACCCCUGCUGGAGACAGUGGUCCCCUCAUGACGCCAAGCCAGGCCCUGGCAGCUGGGCCCCUCAGGCCCCUGGGGGAGGACUCCUCCGUGAAGAGUUCUUCCCAGGAAAAGAAAACCCUCUCUCGGAUCCUGACUCCCCUCUCCACGGUGCUGUGCCCGCUCAUGCUGACAACUCUGGUUCUAUUGCAAAGGAAGCUCCGGAGAAAGAGCAGCUCUCAGGAGGUCGAAAGGUCAUCGAGAGUCACCUUGAUUCAGAUGACAUGUUCUGGAGCUGAGCCUCCAGCCGGACCAGCUGCCCCAGGCGGAAAGGAAGAUGUUCCCAGGUGAUGCUCCUCUCCACGCCAGCCUGCCUGUCCCAGACGGGGACCCUGCACCCCGAGGAAUGGAGGAUUAGUCGCUCUGUCACCAUGGGAGAAGAACCAGGACCAAAUACCAUGUCCCCAGCCCCCUCCUGCCUUCUUCCACCUGUGUGAAAGGAAGCUAGCGGAGGGGGGACUCCAUCUGGAGAAGCACAGGCUGCCCAUCACUGGGCCAAGGAAGGCCAAGCAUGUUUCACAGCCCCAAGUGACAGUGUGACCUAACGAAGGCUGCAGGAAAGGAUCUAUUAAUUACUGGUGGAGGGUGAUGGACCUGGAAAAAGUGUCGAAUUUCCAUUCCCGGAGGUCUGAAAAUAUGAGAUGCUUCCCAUCAGUGUGGAGAAUGAAUGAAAUUUCAGCCACUGUUCCUAGCCCCGGGAAGGCACCCCCUUUUCUGACAUCUGUUAGCACGCAGCCUGCUGCGCUCAUUUAAUUAUAUCCUUUUCUUUUUUUUUUUAAUUACUCAGUGAAUUUUAUUACAUUUAUAGUUGUACUGUGAUCAUCACAACCCAAUUUAAUUAUAUCC